UACUACAAUAAAAAUCUUAACAUAAUAACUUAUGGCAUCUUCUUUUAAGAAAAACACAACACUAGCCCUAAUUUUCUCUUUCAACCUUCUCCUUUUCUCCACUACAACUGCCUAUGCAUGGAAUAACCCUUAUGGGCCUAGUGUCCCUUCAGGAAGCGGAAGUAGUGGCGGAGGUGGUGGUAUCCUUGGAGGCGGUGGAAUAAUCGGAGGGGGUGGUGGAGGUGGAAUCAUCGGAGGCGGUGGUGGAGGUGGAGGUAGCGGAAGAGGUGGUGGUGGAUCAACAAGGGGAACGACUUGUCCCGUUGAUACCCUAAAAUUAGGAGUAUGUGCCAACUUAUUAGGGAACUUACUUAAUCUCCAAAUAGGCACGCCUCCAGUUCAGCCAUGCUGCACUUUGAUUCAAGGUCUUGUGGAUCUUGAAGCUGCUGUUUGUCUCUGUACAAUGAUCAGAGCUAAUGUGCUUAACCUUGUCAAUCUUGAUUUACCCGUUAAUCUAAGUUUGCUCCUUAAUGUAUGUGGGAGACAAGUUCCUAUGGGUUUCUUGUGUCCAUAGACCUGUUUUUACUAUAAUUUGUGUGUUUAAAAUGUGUCAUUUCUUUACAUAUGCAAGCUUGAUUUUGUUGUACUUUAUGUUGUUUUUGGUAUGAAUGUU